AUGAGAGAAAACCGGAACCGCCUGACUCAGAUCAUGCUCCUGAAAUCCCUGCUCCAGGUUUCCAUGGGAUUCCAGUGCAGCAACAUCCUGACCGCCCUCCCCAGCGCCUUCCUGGACCGGCUCCUCUCGGCCGCGCUCCUGGACGAUCCCGAAAUCCGAAUUUUCGUCCUGGAAAUCCUCAGCAGCUUCAUCGAUCGCCAUGGCAACCGCCACAAGCUCUGCCCCCAGAGCUCCAUGGGCGACAUCUCGGUGCUGAAGCUGAAGGUGGAGAAAUGUUCCCGCCAGGAUUCCGUCUUCAUGAAGAAGCACGGGGCGCAGCUGCUGCGGCUGCUGUUCGUGCUGGCCCAGCAGGGGAACAAUUCCCGCCACCAUUUCCUGGCCCUGUUCCGCCUGCUGGCCCUGCUGGGGCUGGAGCUGGCCACCGAUGACGUCAUCACCGACCUGGUGCGCCUGGCGCUCGCCCUGCAGACGCUGGCGCAGGAGGAGGCGGCGCUGCCGGGGCCGAGUCGCUGCGCGCUGCUGGCGCUGAGCGCCGCCUUCCUGGCGCUGCUGGGGCAGCUGCUCGGCAUCCCCGGCCUCCUGCAGCACGUCCAGGAGGUGAUCCAGGCCCGGCAGAAGGAGGCUCCGUUCCUGCUGCCCGAGGAGGCUUUUGGGGACGACCCCCCGUCCUGUCCCAGCCUGGAGGAGCUGGGGCCGGAAUUUUUCCUCUGGCAAAGCAAAAUCAGCGAAAUCCUGGGGAGCAGCGGCUACAGCGCCGAGAGGCUCAGCGCCCCCUACGAGCCCCAGAGCUCCGACGAGGAUCGUUUAUCCAAGAGGAAAAGCAUCGGAGAGACGAUUUCCCUGCAGGUGGAGGUGGAGUCCAGGAACAGCCCCGAGCGGGAGCAGAGAGCCCCGGCUGAGGAGAUCACCUACGAGACACUGAAAAAAGCCAUCGUGGACAGCGUGGCCGUGGAGGAGCAGGAGCGCGAGCGGCGGCGCCAGGUGGUGCAGAAAUUCCAGACGGCUCCGUUCGAGGAGAUCGCCGCCCACUGCGGGGCGCGGGCCAUGCUGCUGCAGAGCAAACUGAACCAGAUCUUCGAGAUCACCAUCCGGCCGCCUCCGAGUCCCUCCGGCACCGUCUCGGCCGCGCUGGGCCCGUCCCAAUCCCAAUCCCAAUCCCAAUCCCAAUCCCAAUCCCAGCCCCAGCCCCACUCCAUCCCGGUGUACGAGAUGAAAUUCCCGGAUCUCUGCGUCUACUGAAUCCUCGGGAAGAGCCGCUCCCGUCGGGAUCCUUCCAUCGCAAUUCCGGAAUUUUCCGGAAUCCGUCGGCGUCGCCAUCACGAUUUUUUUGGGGUUUUUUUUUUUUUUUUUUUUUGGGAUUGUCCCAGGUUUUCCUGGGAUUCCUGUUCUGUGUCUGGGGUUUUUUUUGGGGAAUAGGGAGGGGAGGAGCUCUGGGAAUGGGGAAUUCUCAGGGAAAUCUGGGAAUUCUGGCCUUGGGAAAGGUGGGAAGGGCGAUCUGGGAUGGAAAAUCCCAGAAUUCCCAACUGGAAAAUUCUGGAUGGAAAAUCCCAACUGGAAAAUCCCAGAAUUCCCAGCUGGAAAAUUCUGGAUGGAAAAUCCAAACUGGAAAAUCUUGGAUGGAAAAUCCCAACUGGAAAAUCCCAGAAUUCCCAGCUGGAAAAUUCUGGAUGGAAAAUCCCAACUGGAAAAUCCCGGAAUUCCCAGCUGGAAAAUGCCAACUGGAAAAUGUCAAAUGGAAAAAAAUCCCGGCUGAAAAAUCUUGGAAUUCCCAGCUUGGAAAAUCCUGGAUGGAAAACCCUGGAUGGAAUUUCGGAAUUCCUGGAUGGAAAAUCCCAGCUGGAAAAUCCCAGAAUUCCCAGCUGGAAAAUUCCCUCUGGGAAAAUCCUGGACAGAAAAUCCCAACUGGGAAAAUCCAGAAUUCUCAUCUGGAAAAAUCCAGAUGGAAAAUCUUGAUUGGAAAAUCCCGGAAUUCCUGAUUGGAAGAUCCCAGCUGGAGAAUCCAGGAUAGAAAAUCCCAGAUGGAAAAUCCUGGAAUUCUCAACUGGAAAAUCCUGGAUAGAAAAUCCCAACAGGAAAUUUCCAGAUGGAAUCCCAGAAUUCCCAGUUGGAAAAUCCCAACUGGAAAAUGCUAAAUGGAAAAAAUUCCCGGUUGGAAAAUCCCCACUGGGAAAAUCACAACUGGAAAAUCCUGGAAUUCCCAACUGGAAAAAUCCAGGCUGGAAAAUCCCAACUGGAAAAAAUCCUGGAAUUCUCAGAUGGAAAAUCCUGACUGAUUGGAAAAUCCCCAAAUUCCUGGCUGGAAAAUCUGAACUGGAAAAUCUCAACUGGGAAAUUCCAGAUGGAAUCCCAGAAUUCCCAGCUGGAAAAUCCUGGAUGGAAUCCCAGAAUUCCCAGCUGGAAAAUCCCAAAUGGAAAAAUCCAAGCUGGGAAAAAAUCCCAGAAUUCCCAUCUGGAAAAAAUCCAGAUGGAAAAUCCUAACUGGAAAAUUCCAGUUUGAAUCCUGGAAUUCCCAACUGGAAAAUCCCGGAUGGAAAAUCCCAGAAUUCUCAACUGGAAAAUCUUGGAAUUCCCAACUGGGAAAAAUCCUUUUUUUUUUUUUUUUUUUUUUUUUUUGGAAAAAUCCCUCAGGCUGCUCCAGAGGAACUGGGAACACCAGGAAUAUUUGGAAUAUUGGGAAUAUUGGGUUAUUCCCAAAUUUUCCAUGAUUUUUUGGAUGAAUUUCCAAAGAAAAAAAGAAGAAUUCCCAGUUUUUUUGGGAUUUUUGUGGUGGGAUCCCAAAGAAUUCCUGGGAAAAAUUUCAAGGAUUCCUGGGAUCAAACUGGGGUGGGAAAAACUUGGGAAUUCAUGGAAACAAAAUGUGGAUAUUCCCAAAAAAAUAAAAAUAUUUUUUUAAAAAAAAAUUAAAAAAGGAAAGGGAGGAAAUUUUGGGAAUUCUGGGAAGGAAACUUUGGGAAUUCUGGGAUUUCCUCCCAAAUAUUUUGGUGACAUUUUAGAUUUUGGGACGGGAAUUUCUCGGAAAAAUCCAGAAUUCUGAGUUUUUUUCCCGCUUCCCAUUCCAGGAUUUUUUAUUUUCCAUGUGGGAUCGAGUCCUGGAAUAUCCCGAAGGGUUCCCAAGGAUUUCUGGGAAUAAAAACUGGGAAAACCUCUGGAAUUCCCAAAAAAAAAAAAAAAAAAAAAAAAAAAAGCGGGAAAGGUCCUGGGAGUCCCUUCAGAGCAGCAAAAUUUGGGAAUUCUCCUCUGGAGCAGCCCCGGCCCCGCCCAUUCCUGGAUUUUCCCAAAAUUCCUGGAAUGUUCUUCCCAAAAUUCCCUCACUUUCCCCCAAAGUUCAAGUUCUUCUUCCUGAAAUUCAAUCCCUUUCCCAAAAUUCCUGGUUUUCCCCAAAAUUCCUGUCAUUUUUCCCAAAAUUCCAACGUUUUUUCCCAAAAUCCUGGCCCUUUAUCCCAAAACUUUGGCUCCUUUCUUCCCUGAAGUUCCGGGCUUUUUUUCCAAAAUUCCAUUUCCCAGAAUUGCCUCCCUUUCCCCCAAAAUUCCAGCCCUUUUUUCCCCAAAUUUCCUCCCUCUUUCCCUAAAAUUCCGACCCUUUUUCCUACAAUUCCAGCUUUUUUUUUCCCCAAAAAAUUCCGGUUAUUUUUACCAAAAUUCCAGAGUUUUCCCCUGAAAUUCCAGCCUUUUUUCCCAAAAUUCCUUCCCUUUUCUCCAAAAAUUCCCGUUAUUUUCCCAAAAUUCCAUCUCCUUCCCAAAAUUCCUUCUUAUUCUCCAAAAUUCCAACCAUUUUCCCCCCCGAAAUUCCGGCUCUUUUUCCCAAAAAUCCUGGUUCUCUCUCCCAAAAUUCCGGGUUUUCCCCAAAAUUCCAUCUUUUUUCCCAAAAUUCCGGGGCGGGUUCGGGGUUGGAAUUCCCAAUAAAAACCGACCUGAGCACCGC